UAAGGGCCAGCGCGUCGCCGGCGAGCUCACUCGAGUCCUCACUCGCCUCCCGACCGCACGGGACGGCGCACUUGCCUCGCGCGCGUCUGAACAUCGCACUCGUCCCUUCAACAGUUCCGCUGUAAGUGUUGUGAUACGAGAAACAGUAGGUGUUUGGCAGCAUGCCGCGCGCCGGCGCAUUCCUGCUGGCGCUAGCGGCCGUCCUACUCGCUGCUGAGUGGGCGCACGCAUCCUUCAUUGAUCCAGGUGACGACGAUUUGGAGGUGAACAUGCCCGACUACGGCGAGGACCCCGCUGAUCUGCAAAUGCUUCAGGAUGUUGGCAAACGAGCGUCGCUGAUCUACGUUUUCAGGCGAGCGUGUAUCCCGCGCGGCGGGAACUGCGACCAUCGGCCCGGUGACUGCUGCCAUUCGUCCUCCUGCCGCUGCAACCUCUGGGGCUCCAACUGCCGCUGCCAGCGCAUGGGGCUCUUCCAGAAGUGGGGGUAAAACCUCAACACCAGCUCCGCUGAAGCGGCGACCAGCUCACGCCAGCCGACUUGACCGCCGUUCCAUCGGAUGCCACAAACACCGCAUACCCAACGGACCCCUUACGUUAUUCUUAUCCUUAAUUGUUUCCUCUUCAGUAAAUCUUUUAGAUGAUCGAAAACAGGGACCUAGAUUUUAUUUGGAAAUAUUUUUGGAUCGUUUAUACAAAAUUUAGGAUUUCCUUUAUUUGUUUACGUUACCUUAUUUCUGAUUGGUUGAGUGUCCGCCUACGUGGUUGGGCAAUCACCCAGCCUUAUUGCCCAAUCAGUAUGCCUCGACGCCAUGCUCAGCCAAUCAGACCCCGGCAACUGCCUGCGCUGACGCGUCUUUUAGUUUCACUUCUCUUAUUUUGUCAUUCGACGCCGUCUCGCGGGUAGUUCCAUAUUCUAUCGCUAUGUAUGUAUGUAGAGUUAAGUAAGCUAAAGUAGAGACAACAACAGUAGCGGCUAAUAUAAUUGGUGGUAAACUUAUGUCAAUAGGAAGUAGUGAACAUUAUUAAAUAGAAAAAAAAAUAUAAACGUAACUUAAUUUAAAUGUUCUAGAUGUAAGUACAGUAAACUUGGUGAAAGACGCUAUAAUAAGCCUUUAUUGUAAACGCCAUAUUUGCGAUUGGCAACUUAGAUUUUUAAAUAUCUAUUAAUGUCAAUACAUUCUUAUAAUGAUAAUGGAAACGAAUCUUUGCACUCUGUACGCGACUCACGGACAGGGGGUAUGAGGUAUUGCAGCCUAGUAGUUCUUCUGUAUGUAGCUUCUUAAUGUACGUUCCUUAUCGUGGAAUAUGAUAUAAUUGUAUUAAUAUUGGAAUAUGAAAAUGAUAAAUAUAUUAAUAAAUGUUUAUGGACGAAC